AUGCCACCCAAAAAAGCCCAAGAUGGCCCACCCAAAAAGAAAGCCACAGUCGACGACAAGACCUUCGGCAUGAAGAACAAAAAAGGCGGCGCCGCAAAAAAACAAAUCUCCCAACUACAAGCCCAAGCCAAAUCGAACAAAACCCCCGAAGAAAAGCGCAAAGAAGCCGAAAAGGAACAGCGCGCCAAAGACAAGCUCGCCGCAGAAAAAGCGCAAGCUGAAGCCGCGGAACUCUUCAAACCCGUCCAAGCGCAGAAAGUACCGUUCGGCGUCGACCCCAAGACCGUCCUAUGCGAGUUCUUCAAGAAGGGCACGUGCGAGAAGGGGAGGAAGUGUAAAUUCAGCCAUGACCCCGAGGUGGCGCGGAAGGGGCAGAAGAAAGAUCUGUAUCAGGAUGAUCGGGAAAAGGAGAGGGAGGAGAAGGAGAAGGAUCGGAUGGAGGAGUGGGAUGAGGAGAAGUUGCGGAAGGUGGUGUUGAGCAAGCAUGGGAAUCCCAAGACGACGACGGAUAAGGUGUGCAAGUUUUUCAUACAGGCGAUUGAGGAGGGGAAGUAUGGGUGGUUUUGGACGUGUCCGAAUGGGGGGGAUAAGUGUAUGUAUCAGCAUAAGCUGCCGCCGGGAUUCGUGAUAAAGACAAAAGAGCAACGCGCCCUUGAGAAAGCCGAAAUGCUCAACUCCCCACUCGCGACGCUCACGCUCGAAGACUUCCUCGAGUCAGAACGGCACAAACUCACCGGCACCCUCACGCCCGUCACGCCCGAGACGUUCGCAAAGUGGAAGCAAGGCCGCCUCGACAAGAAAGCGGCCGAGAAGCAAGCGAUGGAGGCGAAGGAAGCGACGGGUAGAGCGAUGUUUGAGGCCGGUGGGAAGGAGACGGAGAGGUUACGGCAGAAGAAGGAGGAGGAACGGUUGGCGAAGGAGAAUGGGAUGACGGUUGAGGAGGUGAGGGAGAUGAAUGGGACGGCUGAUGACUACAACGGGACAGCGAAUGGGGCGAAUGGCGACGCUGAUGGUGACGAGGGGACCGGCGGGCAAGGCUGA